CGCGUGAAUCAGGUGGUAAAACACAAAAUAACUCGCGUGUUUACAAAUAUAAUAUUAUUCAAUGUGAUAAUUAAUUAAUAAUUAUUUAAUACGUAAUAAAAUAUUAUUUAAUUCUAAGUAAAAUAAAAUUAAAUAUAAUUAAUGAUAAUAACUAAUAAAAGUUAAAAUAAUAGUUAAUAACGUGAAAAUAUGAAAUAAUUUUCGUAUUAACUUACGUUUUAAGAAAGGUGUCCUGGUGGAUUACAACAGUCAAACAAAGAAUCCUUCAUCAUGCAAACAUCAAGAUGGUUGUCCGUGCUAAAUGUACCUUCGGUGAAAAGGAUUUUUAGUAGAAAUAAAGCCGUUAGUCUAGCGGUGAAUGUAGACAAAAAUGUCCCCUUGAAGCCAUUCAAAGAGGUUCCUGGUCCACCAUCGUUGCCCUUUAUUGGACAAAUCCUCAAUUUUAUGCCGUGGAAUGAGCUGUCAGAUGUAAACAAACUCCAAGAAAAUCUAUAUCGUAGGUAUGGAUCCAUUGUAAGAUUAGAUGCUUCACUUGGAAAACCUGCUUUCUGCUUUCUCUUCGAUCCAGAAGCAACCGCUUUUGUGCUUAGACAUGAAAAUGUAAUGCCUUUGCGACCUGGAUUUGAAUCACUGGAGUACUACAGAAAGUUCCACAAUAAACCUAAAGGGCAUGAUAAAAAACCAACCGGACUUAUUACUGAUCAAGGGCAGAAUUGGAGACAUUUCAGAACAACAGUCAAUCAAGUGCUAUUGCAGAUAAAAACUAUAAGACUAUAUACCCCGUUAGUAGAUGAAGUGGCUCAGGAUAUGAUCAAAAGGAUGAAGACCACACGUGACGAAAAAAAUAUGCUAAAGGGCGAAUUCAAUACAGAAAUGAACCUAUGGGCCUUAGAGUCCAUUGGUGUGAUUGGGUUAGGAGGUCGUCUUAACUGCUUUGAUCCCAACUUACCAGAAAAUGGUGAAGUACGAAGACUCAUAAAAUGUGUACAUGACAUUUUCAAAGUUUCUAAUGACUUAGACUUCAAGCCGAAUCUUUGGAGGUAUUACCCAACUAAAGCUUUCAAAAGAGCUAUGAAACUAUACGACGAACAAGAAUACUUAGCUGGAUAUUUUGUGGGGAAUGCUAGAAAGAAACUCUUAACUUCCAAAACCACCAACGGCGAAAAGGGUAUAUUGGAGAAACUGUUGGAAAUCGAUGAGAGAACCGCAGUUAUUAUGGCUUCCGAUAUGCUGUUUGCAGGAGUCGAUACGGCAGCAAUAACGAUGACAGCAGUACUCUAUCAUUUGGGCACACAUAUAGACAAGCAAGAUAAAUUGCGACAGGAGUUGUCAUCAGACUUCGAAUCCACAAAGUACCUGAGAGCUUGCAUCAAAGAAUCAAUGAGGCUCAUGCCAGUAGUCCCAGGAAACUUAAGGAUGAUCACUAAAGACUACAACAUUUUUGGAUACAGAAUACCGAAGGGGACGUUUGUCGUCUUCAACCACCAGUUUAUGUCAAAAAUGGAGAGUCAGUUCCCAAAACCCAAUGAAUAUAUUCCUGAAAGAUGGUUCGAAACUGGUCCAUUGUCGUAUAAAAACGCGCAUCCAUUUGCUUUCAAUGUGUUCGGAUUUGGAGUCCGAAUGUGCAUUGGUCGUCGUAUAGCAGAAAUGGAGAUAGAAACAUUCUUAAAACGAGUCAUACUGAACUUCAAAGUAGAGUGGUUUGGACCUCCGCCGGAAAUUCAGUCUCAGUCAUUGAACUAUAUCAAGGGUCCUUACAAUUUUAUCUUUAAAGACGUUUAAUGUAAAACAAGAGACUGACUGUAGAAGUAUUUUAGGGAAAAGUGUUCGAGUAUUAGCACUAACAUAACACUGACCAUGCCCGUAUCCGGGUGGAUAACCGAUGACCAAGUCAGAACUUUGAGUUUCUGAGUUCGUCUGGCUUUAAUUAAAGUUCUCAACCAAUGUAAAUCCAUCCUCUAGUUUGUAAAAGUUGACGCUAACAGUUAAAAUUACUUUAAGCUGGUCCCUGAAUCGUUAAUGGUAGAUGACUAUAUAUCAUAAUCCAAGGAUUUUUUAUAAGAACUGUAAUAGUUGUUCUUAGUAAAAAAAAAAACUACCAAAUAUCGAUUCCGUUCGUUUAAUGAGUAAAAAUAAUAAGCAUGCAGAAUGUGAACCCUCAAUCGACCACAAACCUUUAGGUCCCGAGGAGCAUGCAAGAAUUUCAAAUUUCGAAAAUCGAACAAACAGAGAGGCACAAAUUUAAAAAGAAUAAAAUUCAUCAACAUCAGGUACAGGGCUUUGAGACAGCCCGCAGCCACUUCUGAUAUUGAACCGUUGAAUGAUUCGAACGACGUCUACCAACUAUUCAACCCAUUAUCCAAUGACAGUUGAAAUAACCAUGGCAUAAGAAAAUCAGGUAUGCUCAAUGUGGUUGUACUUUCUAAAUAAAUAAAUAAAACUGACAGCUAGCAUUUCACGGUUAGCCCCGCUGACGUCAUUCCACCCUACGUUGCCAUUUCGUAAUAAAUAAAUUACCCACGUCGAAUGUUUUUAAUUCACUUUGCAAGGAAAUCUUUGUACUUUUAGUAAAAGAUUUAAUGUUUUUUAUACAUGUGACAAAUAAAAGUAAUUAAAUACAUUAGUCAGCGAUUCACUUAAUUUUCAAUAAUAAAAUUUACGUCAUUGAAAUGUCAAUUUAAUGGUAGGUAACAGUUACGUCAUCAAUAGCAAUGGCGGCUUGUCAUAGGAUUGAGCAUACCUAGUCUUCUUAUACCAUGGAAAUACCAAUAACCUUAAAAUAGUUGAAUAACAACAUUGCUCUUCUAUUUUAAGCAGGGACGUGUACAAAAGUAUCAUAACGUAAGGAAUAUAAUACUUAAUAAUAAAAACGAUAAACGAUU